ACGUUACGGUGCGUUGAAUAAAGUGGGGGGCUGAAAUAAAUAGGGCGGGCCAGCGAAUAAUGAAAAGAAGACAAAGCCAAGGCAAAGGAGAGGAGGGCAGGAAGAAGAAGAAGGAGGAGGAGAAGCAGAAGAUUAGAAUGAAUGAAUGCAAGAGUGGUGGUGGUGGUGGUGGUCGUUCAGGUUCUGUAGCAGGUGGAUUGAUGAAUCAAGAUUGAAUUUUUUUUGCUUUUGUGUGUGGUUUUCGAGAGUACUUAGUGGGCUUUUGGGCUACGGAUUGAGAAGGUGUUUACAGUGUAGGUUUGGAGGAGUACGGAUGGAGGCUUCGGCUUUAGAGAGCGCCGUUUGGGUUCGGAAGUCGAGGAAGCAUUAUCGGCAGUUUUUCAGCCCAAGACGCGGAUGUCAAUGAUGGCUGUCCAAUUCCAUUACAGGCCUUGAAUUUCUGUCAGCGCAACUAUAUUGUGAGAGGAAGCCUAAUCUUUCCAGCUUGUUGUGGAGAUAUAUUUAUAGCAUAUAGUGUGCGAAGGUGGAUUGGAGUUUCGAACCCGCGACGCGCAAGGGAAUAAAUAGAUAACUUAAUGGCAUGAGAAUGGGAAGUUUCCCAGUUGUAGACGAUCGUAAUCUUGAAAUGGCUGGUGGAAAGAAUUCAGUAGGUGGGACUUGUGGCGAGCCGGAAUUCAAUAGUUCCGAGGAGGAUGUUCCAGUUUCAUGCUCGCAAAGCUUUUCGAUAAGAGUCUAGAUUGCCCAUACAGUUGAGUAGAUCUGGCUGCAGCGAAAGCAAUGAUCAGCCAUCAGGAGCAGAAGCGUAUGUCGUAGUGGGUGUUACAACCAGUUGCUUUUCAGAAGCGAAAGCUUGUGUAUUGUUCACUGGCAGCCGUGGCUCACGUACCAUUCAUUAUCCUCAGAUAAAUCCUCGGGUUCUUUUAGUAAGACUAUAAGCUAUAUAUAUUGUUAUCCGAAUACCCAUAUCAUCAUCUGUCCAUAUGAAAAGAAGCUUUUCGUUUCUGGUAUUUGCUAUCCUAGGCCAAAUACUUUACUUGUAUUUGUAGGUGUGCGAAACUAAUCAACAGCUUGUUCUUGCGAGAGCCACGAUCAUAUGACAAGCAUGAUGUGAAGAAGUAUCCAUGGAGUCGGCAUUUAUCUUCUGUACCAGGCGAGCGUUAUAGCAGCCUUGCCAACUUGUAGGGAUUCGAGGUCGAAUUCACUAUUGACAUGCUUAUGGUGAUCCCAAGAGUAUGUGUCUAUGGUUCGAUCAAACGAUAUCAGAAAGAACUGGCCUUUUUCUCAGAAAUAUUUGCAAGUUUGCUUGGACAAUGGUAGGAAACCAGUCUUGCCACCUUUUGAGCAUCCCCAGUCUGUGAGAGAUCUGAUUCAGGAAAAGGUUAAGCUGGAAGCUGCUGCUAUCCAUGGGACCGAUAUUGAAAGAAAUGAUGUUAUAACAUGUGAAGAUAUUGGAGCUAAGGAUUCCGGCAACAGGUUUCUUAUAAGGAUACCAGCUAAAAGGACGCAAACAGGCCAGAAGAAUAAUAGAAAGAUUGUCCGUGAAAAACAAAUACAAUCUGUGUCUGUGACAUCAGGAGAUCAAGAUGUCAUGACAAGAGCUUGUAGGGAAGCUGGCAGCCAAAUCAGAAAUGGUUGUGAUAGAAUCAAAACCAAAACGGAAGAGGAUGAGGAGUUGAGAGCGCAAGCAGGUGCAGAAGACGGUGAGAUGCCAAAGGCAAUUGCAGGCACAUCAGAAGAAGACAAUCAAGGGUCAAAGCCAAUUGCAGGUACAGGAGAUAGGGAACUGGGUACUCCAUGCAAGACUGAACACAAGGUUAAGGGUUCUGAAACCGAAACUCCAGAGACAGUGGAACAAGCGAGUGGAUAUAAGUUGCCCAAUUCAGAAAUAUCAUCCAAACCCAAUUCCGAAAUAUCAUCCAAACCUAAUUCAGAAAUAUCAUUCAAGGCCAGGCGAAAGCGAACGGAGAGACCGGAGAUUUUAUCAGAUAUCAAAAACAGAUUUCUCAAGCGCAGCAAGCAAUCAAACAAAAUGCUUACAUUUGAAAUGAAAUCCCAGGAACUUACAGACAGAUUCCACAAAGAAAGUAAAAAGCAAGAGCACCAUCAUGAUCAAAGUAAGACAGAUUCUGCAAGAACUGAAAACUUGGUGAAUUCAGGUGGCAGCGUUACAGAUGGUAUUAUGAUGGUGAAAGUGUGUCCUGUUUGUAGGACGUUUUCGUCCACAUCAAACACAGCUCUAAAUGCCCACAUAGAUCAUUGUCUUGAUGCCGAACCAAAUGCCGAGAAAACUGAAAUCAAGCUCACCAAAAACAAAACUAAGGUGAGGAAGAAGCGUUCAAUGGUAGACAUAUGCGCUGUGGCUCCUAGUCGAACACUGGAGGAUUUGAUAUACACUACUACUCAACAGCUGGAUCCCUUACAGCUGGAUGUUUCUAAAUGGAACGGCACUAGCAUAAGGAGGGGACACAGAACCCCUCUUUCCCGAGUUGCCAAGAAACAUUUUGACUAUGCAGACCCGAAUCCCAAGAGGCUGCGGAAUUCAUCGAUUUUGAAAACGGAUUGUCUGCCUCAUUUGCCCAAGGAAACUCAAAAGGAGCCUUCAAUUUCUGGAGAUAGGGAUAAGGAAUCGUGUGGCACAAGGAAAAGCAGGCGAUCAGCUUUCAGAAAUAUGACUAGAGCAGGCAAAAGUUUGAGUUCGAUUGGUUUGGAUAAGUGUCAUGAUAAGGUUCCGAGGACUUCUGCAGUAAAGCAUGUUUUAAAUGAAGGCAUAUCCCAGCGCAAGUCUCAACAUGCAUCAGAAGAAAUUACAAGAGAAGAGAAGCUACCCAGUUCUGUAUACUCAGCUUCAUGGGCUUGCUUCAACAAACAAGGAAGUUCAAAAAGAAAGAAGUUUAAGCACAAACUAGUAAGCCUGAAGUUAGCAGGGUUUGGUCAACGGUGUUACAAUCCAGGUAAUGGAGUGCCGAGGAAUGUAUUGGAACCCAAGUCACAGGAUCAUCUGGAGGGCUCAAAAUUGUCUGAAGGAAAUCCAACGGGUUCAAAGGAAUCUGCAGGAGCAUUUGUAUUACAGUCAUCUGAUAAGGGACAUUACCUUCCUUCAGAUGUGUCAUCAAAACGAAACAAAGCAAGACAUUCAAGGAAAUUUCUAGAAAAUAACUCCAACUCCUCUGGGGAACUUGAAGAAUUCUUUACUUCGAAAAGGAUGAAGAACUUGUCUAGCCUGAACUUCCAAAACACAGUGACAAAAGUGCAUUCAUCAGUCGGUGAGACCAAUUCACCAAAUUCAGUUAAACCCCAAGUUGAGCAAGAGGUAAACUGCCAGUAUUGUCCUUCCAAUGAAGAGAGGCGACACAGUUCACAUGACUCAGCUAAAAUAUCUGUCAGUGAUACAUUCAAUUCUCAAAAGUCUGAGAGUAUCGCAGUGUCAAAGACUUUGCAGCAUGAGACAAGACCAUCCGUGCGUGAAACACAAUUAUCUAUGUCAUGUCAAUUGAAGAGGGCUCGAUUUAAAGAGCAUUUUAAGGAAAGCAAAAAAACGUUGAAUUUGAAGACCUUAAUAAGACCAAACUCUUUCAACCCAGCUGCAGGAUCAUCUUCGAAGAAGACUGGCUCGGAAUACACCAAUGUGCCGCAGAAGCGUUCAAGGAAGUUUAAAUGUAGUUUUGGUUCACAAAAAAUGAAAAAGGUUUCACAUAUAGUGUAUGGUUUAAUGAACAUGAAAGAUGUUGCCAAGAUUGAUUCUGAACACAAAGUACAUGAUACUGAAUCCAAAAGAGAAUCUCAAGAGUUGAUUUAUGAUGCUGGUUCCACCAGUAAUCAAGCUUAUAGUAUGAAAGUCAGAGAUAGCUUGAGUAAUAAAGAAAGAACAGUAUGUGCAAUGGAAAGCUCUUCUAUAGAUAGGCAACAUAGAUCAAAUCUUGAUUUGCAGUCGGGAGCAAUGUCAUCAGGUGAACUCUUAGCAAAGCCUUUGGAAACCACUGGGAACAUUAGUUAUGAGCUUGCAGGUGAAACCCAAGUACAGCUUGAUUCCACAGUUCUCCCCAUUUAUGAAGUUUCAAAGGAAUCUUCUCAAGAUGGAGCUUUUGUUACAGAUGAGAAUUUGCAAAAUUGCAUGCUUUCAUAUACAAUUCCUGAGAAGAUGGGUGCUGUUUCAUGUUUAUUAGAGGCCUGCAAUAACCAACCUUCAUAUCAACAACUUGGUUUGCCUCAAGCCAUGUGCAACGAUGUUACUGGAAACCUAUCGCCAAACAAAGGAAAAGAUUCGAGUGAAUCUUGUGUCUCAUUUCAAAGUCAAUUAAAUUCAUGCUCAGUGGAGGAACUUGAAAAUUUAUAUUUAGAUGACUAUCUUGGAAAGAGGGAUGGCUUUCCAAGGAAUUUGGAUGGACAGUUCCUCUGUGUGAGGAAUGAAAUGAAGGAGAAAUUAUCACCUGUAUCAUUGGGAAAUCAGACACCGAAUCAUGAGCUGUUAACUCAAAGUGAUUCAUUCUAUCACAAGUCUGCAGAUGUUGCUUCUGCAAUUUUAAAACCAUCUUGUAUGUCUGUCAGGAAUACUUCUUCAGAUUCAAUCAGCUAUAUUGAAACCAAACCAACAGAUAUCUCUUCACUGGUGAAUAUAUCUUUUGACAAACUUUCUUCUCAAAUGUUGAAACCACUCCAGGAAUCUGCAAUUUCAAAUGAAACUACUGUGUUGAUAUCAGAUAGUAUUGAUGUUACUCCAGUGUCAAAUGGUAGUAAUUUUGCUGACAAAUCUCAAUUGUCAUGUGAACUAACAUCUGAAAAUCUGGGAAUUACAAGGCCAGGUUUGAUGAGCAUAGAUGAGGUGUCUCCAGCAAUACCUCAAAGUUUUGAAAAUUUUACAAGACCAGCAUUUGAUCCUUCUGUCCAGACAUCUCCCUCGAUAAUUACCUCUACAGGUUUCCCACUCAUAUCUCAAGCAAGCUUAUUUCAGGGAAGUUCCAUUUUACUUCAGGAUUCCAAAUCUUUUGCUACCAGUAAUGUGUUGCCUGCAGUGUCAAUGCCUCAAUUUGUGUCAGAUUCUCUUCUAUUUGCAAAAUCAGGGGAUAUAAGUACAGCAACUGAUGUCUUGCAUGGCUCCAUCUUGAACCCAAAUUCUUCUACACACCCGUGUGCUUUCAAUGGGAUUUUGAGUUCAUCCAAUAGUACUUCUUCCUGGGUCUCAGAAGAACAAUAUGGUUUGAAGCACAACUUCAGGAGCUCCUUAAGUAAUCCGUCGUUUAGAGUCAUGGAUGGAAAGAAUGGGAGCUAUCCUGAUAUCAAUGCUUGUGGGUUUUCACCUCAAGUAUCAAAUAUCCCUAGUCAUGUAUCUACUCUCUUGAGCAAGGAAACUGGUGCUCACUCUGGGUCCAAAUUGCUCCCAAAAACGUAUGAGAGCCAAUUAUCUGAGUCUAAUGCAGUUUCUUCUUUAAACUCAGACAUGGUCACAGAGCAAACAGACAUUCCAGAGAGAUUAUCAUCCUUUGGGAAUGCAAGUUAUUCACGUGAACCCAGUAUAGUGCAUAUAUUUGGAAAUCCUAUUUUGCGUCUAAUGGGAAAAAAUGUGAUUUUGUCAAGCAAAGAUGGCACACAAUCAAGGCAAGUGGAGGAUGUAUGCACUGACAGUGGCGAUUCACUUCCCAACCGAAAUCACCUUACGUCAUUGGAAUCCAGAUCUGAAGCCGAUUUGGGGAAGGAUGGACAUGAUCAACAUUUUCAAGCGUUGAAGAGGCCGCAAGCUUCUGAUCCAGAUAUGCUUAAAUGUUUUGAAGACAGAACAGGAAAAGAUUCAAAUUUUAUUCAACCUUUUGGAGCUAAAGCAAGAGAUAUGGUUAAUUUUUCACAGGCCAACACUUACAGAAAAGAAAAUCCUAUAGACAUGGAAAGCAUUUCACAGGUUUAUUCUUGGAAUUUAACAGCCUCACCUUGCCAGCCUUUAGCUGUUAGCAAUGGAGCUCAACAUCCAUGGUUAAGCACCAAGAUGCCCUCUUCAUGCGUUUCACCUGACUCAAUGAGCAAUGGUGUAUCACAUGGUCCUGCAGAUGUGUGUCAACAUAUGAAAUGGCAAUCUCCAGAUUCUUCCCUCCCUCACUCUGAUCCUGAGGUAAUCAUUAUUGAUGAUAAUAUUGACACAGAAGCAACUUCUAUUGAGGCAUCCUUUGCGCCUACCUUUCUACAGGGAAGAACUUGUCAAUUGCAGGACGGUAUUAUGAUGUCAACCCACUUGAAGUCAAACUCAAAGGUCAGAUCAAGAUUUACAACAUCGGAGACUUUGAACAAUCGAAAUCAUUUUUCAAAUGAGAGCAUGAAAACGUUGACAUAUGGGUCUGGUGUUCUAAAUACAAAGGAGAUUCCAUCAGAACUUCAACGGAUAGAAAUCAAUUUUCCUGGGUUUCAAUAAACCAUUGUGCAAAAUUCUACAGUGUUAAUGAAAAAUGCUGCUUGACAUGGGAGUCUAAAGCUUCUUUCCGUAAUACAAUUUCAUAAAAAAGACUCAAGAUGGAGAAUGCACUCCUCGGCAGAUGACAAAUCAACUUCAUCAUUGCUUGAUCAACAGCACUAAAAUUAACUUGAAAACAUGGCAACAUGUACCCAUAUCUGGUUGGCACCUCUUUAGGGACAAAAUAAUGCAAAUAAUGGCAGGCCACUGGAUUGGUGUUUGUUCGGAAGGCGGGACUUGGCGAGAUCAGCAAGUAGUAAUCACGUCAGAUAAUCAUUCAUUUCUUUAGGAGAGAAGAAAGCAGGAGGUCACUCAGAAUAAUCAAAAUAAUGGAAUUUAAUAUUUCUUGAUCUUCCUUUGCCUGGCCUUUUGGCCUGUAAAUAUUCAUGAUCUUCAAUGAAAAGGGAGUGUUUCUGCAAGAAUCAGUGUACUUCCUGAAUAAAUGUAUCAAUAUUUUCAGGUGUAUAUAUUUCUCUUUAUCAUGAGUGAUAUGUCAUGUUCAGUUUUAGCUAAACAUUGUUUUUGUUUCAAUCAAGCCAGCAUUCUUUGUUUUUA